AUGGACGUGCCCUGGUCCCUGGGGUUGAUUCUGUUCCUCUUGGGGAUCCCCCUCACCCAUGCUGAGCCACUGUACAUCCUGGUGACCCCCCGAGUCCUGCGGGUCGGCAGUCCUGAGAACAUCCACGUGCAAGCUCACUCGGACUCCAGGCAGCCCCUUACGGGGACCCUCAAGGUGAACCUCACUGUGUGGGACUUCCCCAUGAAGAAGACGGAGGUGGCCAGAAGCCAGCUCAUUCUCUCACCAGAAAACCACUUUAUGAACCAGGCAACCGUGAUGGUUCCCGAGAGCCUGGUAUACCCCCCACGACCAGGGCAGCAGUAUGUCAUCAUCCGGGCAACCUGGGCGCCUGCCUCCACCCCCUCGUCCAUGGAGAAGCUUGUGCUGGUGGCCCCCCAUGCUGGCUACAUCUUCAUCCAGACAGACAAGACCAUCUACACCCCCGAGCACAUAGUUCAGUACCGGGUGUUCACUGUGAACCACAAGAUGGAUCCUGUGACCAGGACAUUCACUCUGGACAUCAAGAACCCAGAAGGGAUCGCUGUGAUCAGCCAGGAUCUGCUGGCCAAGGAAGGUUUCUUCUCAAGCUCCUUCCACCUCCCAGAGCUCAUCAGUCUCGGGACCUGGCGCAUUGAAGCCAGUUACCAAAGUGCAACCAAGCAGAAGUUCAAAGCAGCCUUUGACGUGAAGGAGUAUGUGCUUCCUUCUUUUGAGGUCCGGCUGAUCCCAAAGAAGACCUUCUUCUACCUCAGUAAUGAAGCUCUGAGUGUGGAAAUCCAAGCCUGGUACAUAUUCAACAAGCCGGUGGACGGACACGCCCUGGCCAUCUUCGGGGUGACGUUGGAUUCCCGCCGGAUUUCCAUUCAAAGUUCCCUGCAGAGGGUGGAGAUCUCUAAAGGCCAGGGCCACAUCUCCCUCCAGAAGGACAUGUUGAUGGCUGCAUUCCAAGGCCCAGAAGAGGACUUCAUAGGGGCCUCAAUCUUCGUCAACGUCACCGUGUUCUCCUCAGGGGGCGAGAUGGUCCAGGCCGAGACCUCAGGGAUGAAGAUCGUCCAGAGCCCAUACAACAUCAAGUUCAUCAGGACACCCCAGUAUUUCAAGCCUGGGAUGCCCUUCCAUUUUAGGGUCUUCGUCUCCAAUCCUGAUGGGUCCCCAGCUUCCAAAGUCCUCGUUCGCUGCAAAAAUCACAAAGUGUACACCUCAGACGAUGGGGUGGCCACUCUGACCAUCAACACAGAUGCAAAUCUGGAGCAGCUCCCUAUCCUGGUGCAAACUGAUGCAGAUCUUCGGCCAGAGGAUCAGGCAUCAGCCAGGAUGACGGCCUUGCCUUACUCAACUCAGAAUGGGUCAGGGAACUUCCUGCACAUCGAUGUGAAGAUGCUUGCCACAGAAGUUGGCGGCAACCUCCAGCUGAACCUCAACACAAGGCAUCAGGACCCUGCAACCCAGGAGCAGAUCACUCACUUCACCAUCCUGGUCCUGAGUAAGGGUCAGAUUGUGUCUGCCAAACAUCAGUUAAAAAGUCAUGGGAGUGUCUACACGUCAACCAUUAUUGAAGUGACUUCGGAGAUGCUGCCCUCCUUCCGCAUCGUGGCCUUUUAUUUACUGCCCAGAGGAACAGGCCAGGACCCUGAACUGGUGACCGAUUCCAUAUGGAUCGAUGUGAAUGACAGAUGCAUGGGGACGCUGAAGGUUGGCUUAAAUAGUGAAGAAUCCUACAGUUCUUUGGAGCCCAACAAUCGGGUGGAAAUAAAGGUGACAGGUGAUGCAGAGGCCACAGUGGGGCUGGUGGCCGUGGACAAGGCUGUCUAUGUCUUGAACAGCAAACACAAGCUCACACAGAAGAAGGUCUGGGAUGUGGUGGAGGAGCAUGACAUUGGCUGCACAGCAGGCAGUGGGAAAGACAGGCUUGCCGUGUUCAAGGACGCUGGAUUGGACCUGAAGAUGAGCACAGGGAUGGACACCCUGGCAAGCUCAGACUGGCACUGCCCCCAGAACCCCCCUCCCAGCCGCCGCCGCCGCUCCCUGAAGAGCCUGGAGACCAAGAGGAAUGCAGUGAGCAAGUUCAAGACAGAGCUGGAGCAAAAGUGCUGCAAGGCUGGGCUCCAGGAGAACCCUGUGGGGCUGUCGUGCAAGGAGAGGGCCCGGCAUGUCCGCCAUGGGUCAGCCUGUGUCGCUGCUUUCCUGAGUUGCUGCCAUCUGUCCGAGACCCUGACUCGGGAGGACCGGGAGGAUCAGCUGCUUCUGGGAACAACCGAUGAAGAGGAGGACUUCGAGGACAUCUUCCUGGAGGACCUGCCUGUCCGGACCUUGUUCCCAGAAAGUUGGCUCUGGAGGACAUUUACUCUGCCAAAAAGUGAAUCGCGGAGCACCUCCCACCACAACAUUCUUGUGAACAUGCCAGACUCCAUGACCACGUGGCAGUUUGUGGCCGUCAGCCUCAAGGCUGGACAAGGUCUCUGCGUCUCGAAACCCUUUGAGCUGACAGUUAGGAAAUCAUUCUUCGUGGAUCUUAAGCUGCCCUUUUCCGUGGUCAGGAACGAGCAGGUCCAGAUCCAAGCUGUGCUGUACAAUUUCCUGAGCCGCCCGGUCAAGGUCCGCGUGGAGUUCCCGCACAAGGAGCCGCUGUGCAGCGCAUCGAAGCCGGGAGCCCCGUCCCGCCAGGUGGUGGUCAUACCCGCCACCUCCUCCAAGAUGGUGCCUUUCGUGCUUCUCCCACUUGAGACAGGCAAAGUGGACGUGGAGGUCAAGGUCGUGGGCUAUGGCAUCCAGGACCACGUGAAGAAGACACUCGUGGUCCAGGAAGGGGGGAAGAUAGAAAAAAUAUCCCAUAGCAUCGUCCUGAACCCACAAGGUCAGACCCAGACUGAGCUGGUGCCAAGAAAAGACCUUUUGAACAAGGUGCCCAACACAGAGGCAGAAGUGUUUGUCAGCGUUCAAGGUGACAUCCUUGGAGAGACAAUCCUGGGCAGCCUGACAGCCAGAGAAACACAUGAGCUGCUGAGGCUCCCGACUGGCUGCCCUGAGCAGACGCUAAGCAGCUUGACACCUGUGAUCAUCCUGACCCGCUAUCUGGAUGCCACGGGCCAGUGGGGCAAAAUCGGGGUGGAGCACAGGGACCAAGUGAUGCAGAACAUUGUCAGCGGAUACACCCGGAUGCUGACCCACCGGAGCCCAGACGGCACCUACCACAUCCACAAGGGAAACCCGGGAAGCACCUGGCUCACGAGCUACGUGUUCCGAGUUUUCGCCCUGGCCUACACCACCACAACCUUCAGUGUGGUGAACCUGAGCUCUCUCUGUGACAUUGCCAAGUGGAUCAUCACCCAGAGGCAGGCGGAGGACGGGCACUUCUUGGAAAAGGGCCCCAUAAUCAUGGCGUCCAUGCAGGGUGGCUACCGAGGCUCUGAGGCAGAUGUAUCCCUCACAGCUCUUGUUCUGAUUGCCCUGGAUGAGGGGAAGGAGUUGUGCAGCGACAAGAUACCGAAUUUGAUUGCCAGCAUGGAGAAAGCCCGCAGCUUCCUGGAGAGACGCCUCCCUGACAUUCAGAAAACCUUUGCCGUAGCCAUAGCCUCCUAUGCCCUGGCCCUCACCAAGAGCCCUCGAGCCAAUGACCGCCUGGACAGCUUUGCCAGCCGUAACAAAAACUACUGGCCAGUAAAGGACAGGGACUGGAACUCCCUGUACACCAUCGAGGCCACCGCCUAUGCGCUGAUGCAGAAGCUGCAGCUGGGUCUGCAUAACGAGACGCAUGCCAUCGCCAAGUGGCUGCUGGAGAAGCGGGAGCUGGGAGGAGGCUUCAAGUCCACCCAGACCACGGUGGUGGCCAUCGAGGCCCUCACCCGCUUCCGCCAAGCUGUCCCCUUCGAGGGCGCCCAGGAUCUCCGCAUCCAGAUCAGCGCCCCAAAGAGAUCCUUGGACGUGGAGUGGGUCAUCAAUCAGGACAAUGCUUACCAGCAGCGGUCAGCAAAGUUUUCUUCUCAAGAUGACUUGGAGAUCAAAGCCAGUGGCAGCGGGAGAGGCACCAUCUCGGUCCUGACCAUGUACCACAGGUCCCCAGAGUCCUGGGAGGACACUUGCAACCUCUAUCACCUGAAUGCCACUCUUCACAGUGCCCUGGAAGAAAAUAAAAAAGGGAAAGAGACCUUUCAACUCCGGAUGGAAACAAGGUUCCUGGGUGAUCGAGAGGCCACAAUGACCAUCAUGGAGGUUUCCCUGCUCACCGGCUUUUACCCACAUCAUGAUGACCUCAAACAGCUCACCAGCGACGUGGAGAUGUAUGCUUUCCAGUACGAGACCAAGACGAAAUCCAGCGACAGUACCGUUGUCCUUUACCUGGAUAAGCUCUCCCACGAGGAAAACACGGUGCUGGGCUUCCGCGUCCACAGGAUGCUGCAGGCGGAGUUCCUGCAGGCCGCCCAGGUCACGGUCUAUGACUACUACGAGCCCUCCCGGAGGUGCAGCGCCUUCUACAACCUUCCCAGUGAGCGAUCAGACCUGCGGAAGAUCUGCCACAGAGACGUCUGCAGAUGUGCUGAGGAACUGUGCCCGACCCAGAUGAAGGACAGCAGGUGGCUGAAGCAGGAGGAGCUCCAGGAGGCGGCCUGUGAGGCAGGCGUGGACUUCGUGUACAAGGCCAGGCUGGAGACUGUGGAGGCCUCUGCCUCCAACCCCUACAUCUACUACAACAUGCAGCUCCAAGGCAUCAUCAAGAGCGGCACGGACAUUGCUGCCAUGCCACUCACCAUGAAGAAAUUCGUCGCCCACGCCACCUGCCAUGACUCCCUAGAGCUGCAAGAACAAGAGACAUACCUCAUCAUGGGCCACACAUCAGACCUGUGGAGAAUCAAAUCUGAUUACACCUAUGUCCUGGGCAAGGAGACGUUCCUCAUGCAUUGGCCGGUGAAUGGGGACGUGGAAAAGAAGGAUUUGCUGGAGCAGCUGGAGGGAUUUUCAGAGUACAUGAGCAUUCAAGGCUGCAAGUCCUGA